GCUUUCCACAACAGAUGGUGGACUUCAGUGCCUUGGAAAAUAAUGUGCGAAUCAUCGACGCCAAUGAGUAUGCUGUCAACAAUCCUCUCUUGCUUGGAGAUCGUCCUUCGCCUGUUACGAAUCGCUUCUCUGGCAACGAAAUCGGUUUAAAUGACAUAGAAUCGACGAUUUUUAUUGAUGAAAGUGCCGGAAUGGGGGUUCCUGACAAGAGUUCCGACUUUUUCAAUGUUACAGAGGAUUGGAUUCCAUAUAAUAACUACGAAAACCCAUAUGAAUCGAUAGUGAACUUCAGUGCCUUGGAGAACCAUGUGCGAAUCAACGAAGCCAAUGAGUAUGCUAUCAACAAUAUCCUCUUGCCUGGAGGUUGUCCUUCGCCUGUUACGGAUCGCUCCUCUAGCAACGGAAUCGGACUAAAUGACACAGAAUCCAUGAUAUUGAUUGAUGAAGGUGCCGGAAACCCGGUUCCUGACAAGACUUCUGAUUUUCCCAAUGUUACAGAGGGUUGGAUCCAAUAUAACAAGGAGGAGAACAUUUAUCAGUUGACACAACAGACGGUGGACUUCAGUGCCUUGGAGAACAAUGUGCGAAUCAACGAAGCCAAUGAGUAUGUUGUCAACAAUAUCCUCUUGCCUGGAGGUUGUCAUUCGCCUGUUACGGAUCGCUCCUCUAGCAACGGAAUCGGACUAAAUGACAUAGAAUCCAUGAUAUUGAUUGAUGAAGGUGCCGGAAACACGGUUCCUGACAAGACUUCUGAUUUUCCCAAUGUUACAGAGGGUUGGAUCCAAUAUAACAGGGAGGAGAACAUUUAUCAGUUGAAUACACCGGUGGAAGCUGAUGCUGAAGUGGUACUCAUUCCCAAUGAACAAUGCAUGACAGCAGAAAGCUCUGUAUCGCCUUUACUUCUAAGACCUGAACCGUCUGCCAGUAUUCCAUCUACUACGGAGAGCGCUAAACCUAUCGAUAUACCAAUGGUCCCUACCAGGAAAUACAGUAGGAUCCCUGUAUUUGCUCCAAAGAGGGAACAUCCCUCUUGUAAGGUUGAAGAGUCUAAAGAAACUAAAAACGAGCUCAAAAGAGCCACUGAAGGUAUUUUGCAGCCACCUUCUUCGAAGUUCGCCAAGGUAGCGUCAGGAGCUAGUCAAAUUGAGACUAAGCUGGAACUAAGUACUUUAGUUGAAGAAUACUCACCCAAAAGUGAAGCUCGAGGACACACUGCCAAACCGUUAUUCAACAACACCACCAACAAUUCGGACUCUGUCGUUCAUCAGUCGAUGUAUGACGUUAUCAAACUAGGGAAUGGCAGAUCAAGGUCCAGCAAUAAAGAAAAAGAAGCGCGACAGCCUAAAGCAAAGUCUCGAAAGUCUACAUAUAGCUCAACGUCUGGAAUAACGAUCGAAUUUUAUCGCCCUCACGACUAUCCACACGACAACAGGGACUCCAGAAACCCGCAAUCGACAUACAGUUCCAACUCAUCUGCACAUCACAGCCAAAGUUACUAUCCAUCUAGUGGAUUGGCUUACAAAUCGGCUGACUAUGGACAUCAAGAAAGACUGAGCAAGACCCUUGAUGCAGAUCCACUGAAAGAGUUACCUUACCCAAAGGAAACCUACGAAAAUGAGAAACAUGCCCAACAAGCGUCUAGCAAUAGUGGCGGUCCUGAAUGGUACAGGAUUUUUUACUAAUCUUUUGGGGAAUAUUCGACCUUCCCAUAGCCUAAUCAUAUCAUGUAGCACCAAUGUAAAGUGACUUAUUUUAACCUACGAAGGUCAUUAUGAUAGAAAAACAAAGAUUUUUUGGUAUAGUUUUUGACAUAAUCUACUACAACUAUUUUCCUAAUCUCAUUCAUUCAUUUUCUUUCUGCUCAUGGCCCCACUUUCUUCUCUUGGUUUAAAUAUUAAAUACCAUUUCUCUUGGCCAUAUUUCGUCACUCAUUCUCAUCACACGGCUGUAUCAUAUUAGCUGUUGACUUUCUAUUCAAUCCAUAAUUAUGUCUUCAACAUGCGCCCUAGUGAGUAAAUAUGCUUUCUAAAAACUAAUCUUCGAUGUAACUAAAGGGAUACCUUUGAUUUUCUUGCCAUUUAUUGAACGAUUCUCGUAAUGUUACUUAAGCAAUGUUGAAUUUCUUUGUCGUAUGCCUUAGUUUAGUUGAAAGUCCUAGAUUUGUAUGCUAGUUCUUUUGUUUAAGGCAAUAUGACGUUAUUGCUGUUGGUAUGUCGAUGGUGCCAUAUAUGACUGGUUACUUGAAAACGCUACGCGGUUCAAUAAAAGUGUAUAUGAUUCUUGGACUUUUUAUUUUAGCGUCCAUAGGAGAUUCCGAUUUGGGUUCAAAGACUACAGAAUACUAUAAUAUUCUGCGACAUUUUACAUAAUUUUCAUUUAGAAUAAAGAACAAGCGAAGUCGUGAUCAGCAAUUUUUUAAAGAAACAGAAGUUAUUGUAUAUAUGUAUAUGUUUACAUUUUGUAUUAGACUGUUUUUUCUCAAUUUUUUGGAACUGUAUCAUGAAAGAUUUGUACAUUAUGCUGUCAAUAAAAUGUAUAUAUUCAUAUUAAA